CCACCACCACCGUCGCCCGCGUCUCGAGCGCGAGGCUUCCCUUCCGACGGUUGCUCCUUGCAUCACCUUACCUACCUACCUAGAUACCCACCCUCGAGCUCUGCCUCGCCGUGCAGCAGCGGCCGGGCACCCAAGACCGUGCUGCUGCGUGGCCCAGCUUCCUUCCCCCCCGGGGCCGCCGCUCAUCAACUGAGUUGAACCCCCCGACGACGACAUGGUGUCCUUUUGGCCGUGGAAGAGGGACGCCUCCUCGACCGCCUCGUUCGAAAAGACCCUCUCCACCCUCUCCGUCAAGAUCGCCGACUCCCAGUCCCGCCUCGACCGCCUCCGCGCCAGCUCCCGCCGCGUCAAGGUCCUUUGGACCCUCUACCUCGCCUUCGCCUACACCGUCUACGCCAUCGUCGUGCUCCUCGUCGUGGGCUAUGCCAGCCUCGGCGCCCUCGAGUGGACGGGCCUCGCCGGCGGCCCCGUCGUCAUCUACCUCGUUCGCGCCCUGACGACGGCGUACUCCACGUUCCGCAUCGAGAGCGUCUCGGCUCGCCUCAAGGAGCAGCAGGACGAGCGCGCCAAGACGAUCCAGAAACUCAAGGACGCGACAAAAUACGACUCCACCCUCGAGCUCCUCGAGAAAUACGGCGGUGGCGACGCCGGCGACUCCCCGCGGGGCAAGAAAACAAAGGCCCCCGGCGACGAGGACAACAACGACGGCGCCGCCGCCGCCGCCAGCAAAAAGAAGGGCCCACCCGGCCGGACGAACCUCCCCCCUCCCCCAACCGCAAAUAUCCAGCGCCGACCCCUGGCCACAUCGUCGCCGCCGCCUUCGGCCUCGCACCCCGAGCAGCUAAGCCCCCGGCCCGACGGCGUCGGCCACCAAGAUUCCCUCGACCCCACGGCCGAGUUCGCGCCCAACGCCUUUGCGCACCAGCCUCCACCUCAUCCCGCCGCGGACGGCCCGUCGUACCCCGCGCAGCAGCAGUACGCGCCCCCGCCGCAGGCCGAGCCGCACUGGUACGACCGCAUCUUCGACGUUCUUCUCGGCGAGGACGAGACGGCCGCCCGCAACCGCAUCGCCCUCAUCUGCCGCUCCUGCCGCCUCGUCAACGGCCAGGCUCCCCCCGGCACGCGCUCCCUCGCCGAGCUUGGCCCUUGGAAGUGCAUGGCCUGCGGCGUGCUCAACGGCGAGGUCGACGAGGGCCGCCGCAUCGUCGACGAGGUGCUCGACCGGCGGGCGGCGGCCCCUUCCUCGCCACCCUCUGCUUCUCCUUCCGCGGCCGCGGCCGCGGCCAGCAGCGACAGCGACAACGGCCACGAGGAGGAUAGCACGGCCGAGGCGGCGCCGCCGUCACCACACGGCAAGAGUACCAGCUCGGAGGGCGCGGGCGGCGAGGCAGGCAGCCCCGCUGCCGGAGUCAAAGCGCGGCGCAAGAGUAAGAGGAAUGAAUGAGCAGCAUGAGCCAUGUCAUGGGAACGGGCGGGACGGCGUCCGCGGGACAUGUGCUUCCAGAGGUAAUGGAAAACAAAACAGCGAGGCGCACAAGGUACCACGUGGGUAUAUAUGUAGCUACUAGGUCGGUAGGUAGUAGGCACCAUGAAAACAAUGCAAAAUCUCAAAAGGAAAGCAUACGCAUUCACUCACU